ACAAAGCCACCACUAGCACCGAAACCAAAGAUUAUUGGUCAUCUUUCUCCAGUAGCUGUCUCCAAAUUUUCUCCUUCACUGCCAAGGGCUGAUAUUACUCAUAACACGAACUCUAUGUCCAGGGGUCCCAAACCACCUAUUGCUCCCAAACCAAAAUUCUCAGCUGACACUGAGGGCACAUCCAGUGUUUAUACUAACAACAAUUUAAAUAAGUGCUCAAAUGGGAAACUGUUAUGUCUUGAUGGAGAUGUCUAUGAAGGAAAGCAAUGCAAUGCUGACUGCCCAGAAGCUGAGGCACAUGAUGAAUACAUUGUAGUUCCUGAAGCUCAGCUGACCAGCAGAGACUGUAAUGACUUGGAACAUGAGAAUGAUCAGAACCUAGAUACCUCUGUGAAAAAUGAAGUCUCAGAAAUUCCAGAAGAGGUAGAGAAGAAAGAAGAUAACAUUGCUAAUGAUGAGGAUACCAGUAAUGAAGAAGUCACCGAAGAUGAGCACCAUAACUCUUCAGAUAUUGCUGAACGAAUGGAACCAGACUCUGAGGAGUCAACCAGAGACUGUGACGAGUCCGAAGCACUUUGUGAGGAGUCCUCAGAUGCCCCUGAUGUGGAUAAUGAUGCUUCCAAGAAUGUAGAUGAAGAUGAGGAUGUUGUAGGUGAUUGUAGUGAAACCAAAAGCAAGGAGGAAACUUCUAACAACCUGGAACUGGUGAAGGACAAUAGUGAUUGUAAGACUGACAGUGAUAACAUUUUGAAUAGACAUGAGGAACUAAUGGGUGAUAUCUGUAAAGAUACCAUUGUAAUGCCACUAUCCGCAGAUGAAUCAGUCUCAGGUUGUGAGAAGGCAGGGCAGGAGGAGGAACUGCCUGAGAUUUUCAAAAAGGGAGAUAAGUGUCUAGCACAUGAUGGUGACCAUAGUGCCCAUGCAGAGCUCGAUUUGAACAUGGAAGGAGAGUUAGAAAAUGAUGACUAUGCAAGGCCUGACAUGCUGCCUGAUGAGGCCAGUGAAGAAACAGCUCCUGGCUUAGAACCACGUGAAGAUGAACCCAGUGCUGAAAAUGAUUUAGGAGCGUCCAUCCUUCAAGCAGCAGCUGAAGAGGAGGAAGCAAACCCCAAUAUUACAAACAUAGGAGAUGCCAAUGAUGGCUGCCAGAUCACUGAGAGGAGAGGUGAGGAGAAGACAUCAGAGGUAGCCUGUGAAGCAAGCAAAGACUCUGGGAAAGGGGAGGAAGAACCUGGGAAUGCAGAGAAUAUGGAUGAUGGCUGUCAAACUGCUCCUUGUGAGAAUGAAUGUGGUGAGGAAAUACUCACAGAACAUUCAGAUGAGAAUCUUCAAACAGAAGGGACCUCUCUGGAUGAAGAUGAUGUGGUCUCUGAUAGUCUACUUAGUAGUCCAGGGAUGAAGCCAGAGCUGGAAGAUGUGACUGUUGAAGAGCAUAGUGAAAGUAUUGUGGAAACCUCUAAGUCAGAUGAGCUGCAACUUGGAGACAAUGAGGUGGAAACAAACAGCCUCAGCAAAUGUGUCCCCAGUCCACCUCAACAGGUCCCACUUGAGGAAGAGUUGGAAGUCUGUAAGUAUGGUAAAAUGAAUGUAGAAUGUGGGACCAAACAUGUCUUGCAUGAAAAUCUAGCAGUCCCUGAAGUGGUCAUUGUGCCUGAAGAAUCAGAGGAAAGAGAAACCAGCAAUGAUUUCCUAGAUGACCCUUAUGUGCUUCCUGCAGAAAAUGAAAUUGCUCAUGAUGGGCAGACUGAUUUAGGAGCUAAUCACAGUAAAAGCGAUGAAUUAGGCAUGGAUGGUGAAAACAACUUGCUGCCCAUUGAUCGUAAAACCAUUGUCACUAGAACACGGUCGCUCUCUGGGAAGAUGCCAGGCUAUGUCCCAGAAACAGUUCCAGAAGAAACUGGAACUGAACCUGAUUUACCAUCUUCCCGCAAUCGCUCUGGGACAGAAGACUUAAGCAAUAAUUUAUUUUCAGUGGAAGGAAAACCAAUGGAAGCCAACAAGGCAUUACCAACUAAGUCAAGAUGUUUCAUUUUAUAUCCUCGAUCUUACUCUGUUGAAGGGAGAGAGAUACCUGUCUCUGUUUACAGAGAAAGUGAUGGCUGUGUACUGGAUGAUAGAAUAAAAAGGACAGAAGACAACUUGUCUUUGCCUUGUGUCAAUGGUUCUUCAGGUAGUUUUUCCCAGAUAAAUCAUUUUUCAUCAUGUGGCAUGUCUACUCCAUCCUCAGUUGUUGAUAUACCACCUCCUUUUGAACUUGCCUACAUCACCAAAAAGCCAAUCACUAAAAGUUCCCCUUCACUUUUGAUAGAGAAUGACUCACCUGAUAAGUAUUCCAAGAAAAAGAAAUCUUCCUUUAAGAGGUUCCUCACUCUAAAAUUCAAGAAGAAAACUGAAAGUAAAGUCCAUGUAGAUGUUAAUGUUUCCUCUUCAAGGUCCUCAUCAGAGUCUAGCUAUCAUGGGCCUCCGAGGCUGAUGGAGCUGGACAGGAGGAGCCUAAGUAGCUCACCUCAACUAAAAUCACACGUGGGGAAGCUCCGUGCAUCUGAGUCUCCCUCAGCUGUUCUUUUCUAUAAGGAUGGUAAAAGAAAAGGAACGCCCAAGUCCUUCAGCAGCAGGAGCGUAUCAAGGGUGGAGUCAUUUGAGGACCGGUCCAGACCUCCUUUCAUGCCACUCCCAUUAACAAAACCUAGGUCCAUUUCUUUUCCCAAUGCUGACACGUCUGACUAUGAGAACAUUCCUGCUAUGAGCUCUGACUAUGAAAACAUACAAAUUCCUCCUCGAAGAUCCACCCGAGCAGGAACUUUUACGGAGUUUUUUGAAGAUCCCAGCAGGGCAUUAUCUGCUGCUAAUGAGAAUGACGGCUAUGUGGAUAUGAGCAGCUUCACUGGCUUUGAGAACAAGCAGCAAACUACAGACCAGGAAACAGAAAGUGCCUACACCGAGCCCUACAAGGUGUGCCCAGUCUCUGCGAUACCAAUGGAGGUCGUCACAUCAGAUGAGGAACAGAAGAGUUCAGAAGAUGAGGAGAACAGCCCAGGUGAUCCCAGCCUCAUCAACAAGAAGGAAGGCCAGUCCAGAGCUUACCUCAUUGCCCAGGAGCUGAUGUCUUCAGAAAAAGUAUAUGUGGAGAUGCUCCAGCUGUUAUGUAUGGAUUUCUAUGAAGGUAUCUUGAAAGUGCUUGGUGAAGAAGAUGAAAAUGAACAGGAGGAAGUUAAACUCAAGCAGGGCUUAAGUGAACUCCCUGAAAUUUAUGAAUUACACCAAGACAUCCUGGGAGAACUGGAAGAAAGAGUCCUUCAGUGGGAGGAACAACAGAAAGUUGCUGAUAUUUUUCUCUCCAGAAAAUCAAGGCUGAAUCACCACACAGCAUACAUUAUGCAGUUUGAUAGGAAUUUGGCUUUGCUAGAUGAAUCCUGCCUUAAAUAUUCCCAACUGGCUACCGUAAUUCAGGAGUUUGAGCAGAGCUGUGGUGGCAGCCCUCAGAGUGUGAAACACCAGCUUUUGAAAGUGGUGCAGCGUGUCUUCCAGUAUCGUGUGCUGCUCACAGAUUACUUGAAUAAUCUUUGCCCUGAUUCUACAGAGUAUGAAGCCACACAAGCUGCCUUAUUCAUUGUUUCUGAAAUCACAGACCGAGCCAAUGACAGCAUGCUGCAAGCGGAAAACUUGCAGAAGCUGGUACACAUUGAGCACAGUGUGAGAGGGCAGAGUGGCCUCCUCCAGCCAGGAAGGAUCUUUGUUAAAGAGGGAACGCUGAUGAAAGUCUCUGGCAAAAACAGGCAUCCUCGCCAUUUGUUCUUGAUGAAUGAUGUUCUGCUGUACACAUAUCCCCAGAAGGAUGGCAAGUACCGACUGAAAAACACCUUGGCUGUCUCAGGCAUGAAGGUCAGCCGCCCAGUGACAGAAAAAGCCCAAAACGUCCUGAAGAUUGAAUAUGAUGAAUAUUGCCUGACCCUGUCAGCAAGCUCUUGCUCGGAAAGGGAUGACUGGUACAGCUGCAUCAGCAGACAUAUCCCAGAUGACUACAAAGCUCACAAUACUUCCACUUUCCACAGCAGUGUGGAGCUAAGGGAAAGGCUUGGAAUACCCUUGGGUGAGAGACCUCCUACUUUGGUACCUGUGUCCCAUGUCAUGAUGUGCAUGAACUGUGGCUGUGACUUUACCCUCACUUUGAGGCGACAUCAUUGCCAUGCCUGUGGAAAGAUUGUAUGUCGAAAUUGCUCAAGAAACAAGUACCCUAUGAAGUACCUCAAAGAUCAAGCAGCCAAAGUCUGUGACAGCUGCUACGUGGAACUUAAGAAAAGAGAGCGGCCACUAAGCAUGAGCUUCCCUCCAACCUCAUCCAGGUGUUCAAGCAGUGCCUUCUCCUCUGUCUUCCACAAUAUUCAUUACUCAUCUUUUAAGAAACAGAAGAAGAUCCCUUCAGCUCUUAUGGAGGUGGCGGCCUCAGGAGAGGGAGCUACCAUCAGUGGUUAUCUCAGCAGAUGCAAGAGAGGCAAAAGACACUGGAAGAAACGCUGGUUUGUUAUCAAAGGCAAAGUCCUCUACACCUACAUAGCAAAUGAGGACAAAGUUGCCACAGAAAGUUUGCCUUUGUUGGGUUUCACCAUUUCCCCAGAAAAGGAGGAAGGAAGUACAGAUACAGUUUUCCAUCUCUACCACAAGCAGACUCUCUUUUAUAGCUUUCGAGCAGAGGAUAACAAUUCAGCACAGAGGUGGAUUGAAGCCAUGGAGGAAGCAUCCAUAUUAUAG